AGUUGAUAAAACGCAGGUAAAAUUUCGUCGCACAUGGUGGAUAAGAGUGUCAAGAUGAAAGCCGCGAAAACUAAGUCCGAGCCCAAGGGAAAAGAUGAAUUAAAGUCAUCACCAAAUAAAAAGCCAGCAAUAGCAAAAGGCAAGGUAAACAAAAAGAAGGCGCAGUUGAAGAAACCCGUAGUUAAGGCAGGUGCCGAAGCUAUCAAAGAAACUACACCAAAACAAUUGACGGUGGCCGACCUGGCCAAAAUAGAGAAAAAGAAGGCCAAGAAACAGGCACAGAAAUUGAAAAAACAAAAUCAGAAAUUAACAGAAGCAAAACAAGAUGAGGCCCCCGCGGUGAAAUCGAAGAUAGUGGAGGAGAAGGAGGAGGAUGCAGUUGCCGAGGGUUCAGAAAAGAACAGCAAGGGCAAACAAAAGUCCAAGACUGGCAAGAAGGGAAAUAACAAGGAUCCAGCUGCCGGCAAAAGGGAAAGAGAUCCAGACGCAGAAGCUGCCACAGUUUUUGUAGGCAAUUUACCUAUAAAUACAAAACGCGUGCAAUUGAUCCGAUUAUUCGAGCCAUACGGCACAGUUAAUUCCAUACGUCUGCGCACAGCGGGAGGCAAGUUAUUGUUUAAACACAAGCAACGCAAAUCUGCCGGAUCCCUUAAUGCAUAUGUAGUUCUCCAAAGUCCUGAGGUGGCCCAGAAAGCUUUGACCCUCAAUGGCACGGAAUUCAAAGAGAAUCAUUUACGUGUUACCCUGGCAACCCAAACUGGAGCCGGAGACGGAGAUAAAGCGUCCAGCGACGCAGAUGCCAAGCGUUGUGUUUUUGUGGGAAAUUUGAAAUACUCGGCCACUGAAAAGAAGUUACAUGAUGUCUUCUCGAGUUGUGGAGAAAUUGACAAUAUACGCUGCUUACAAGAUGGAACCAAAGGCUGUUCGGGCGUGGCAUAUGUUAACUUUAAGAAUGCUGAUGCAGUGGGUCUAGCUCUAGAGCUGAAUCAAACUCUAAUCGACGAUAGACCCAUCAAUGUGGAGCGUUAUUCAGUUAAGAAAUUGGGAGCCAAACAGCAAAGGGAUGCAGCUGCCGCAUCAGCACCUCCAGUCAAGAAAUCCAAAGCCAAACAAAACGCACUUGGUGCCACGAAGCGCCUGGAUAAAAAACAGACCCAAGAGAAUGGCAAACAAACUGGUGGUAAAAAGAAGUCCGAAUAUCGUGGAGUGAAAGUCGAAGGCAGUGGUGGCAUUAAAAAGACCAAGGCCAAACCGAAGAAGAAAAGCAACAGUCAUUUGCAGGCACUGGCUAAAAAGAUUGCCCCUAAGCCUAAGACAUAAUUGAUGUAGCAAUAACUAGUCUCACCACCGAAAGGAAAUUCGAUUCCAAACCCCAAAAAAUAUGUACAAUUUGAAUUUUAGAGAACUGCUUUGAUCGAUCCAUUUAUCAUUUGAUUAUCCUUAUAAGACUAUUUACUGAAGCAAUACAAAUAAAACGUCCUAACUGUUA